UAUAGUGUAUUAAUUGUGUAAUUUCUUUAUUUUAGUUGUAUAUAGAUAAAAAUAUCACCUUAAAAAAAUAAGUAUAAAAUAAGUGAUAUUAGUGAGUGGUUCGGUCAACUGUACAAAAUGUUAUAUUUAUUUAGGCUAUUUAGGUCUUUUACACCCCGAAUUAUUACAUAUGUAUUAUUGUGCCCCCCGAAUUUUUCAGGCCGUUAAAAAUUCCCCCCGAUCUAUUCACAGUCAUGUAAAUUAGGACUUCCGUCCAAUUCCGUUAAUUUUUUUUAACGGGAGGAUGAUGUGGCCUUUUUUUUACAUAAUUUGGGAUGACAUGUGGGACUCUAAAGUUGGAUAUUAUAGAGAAAAUAACAAAAAUAAAUAAGAAUAAUUUGUUAUAAACCGAAUUUUUUACAACAAACUUAGAACCCUAGUUUCAAUUUUCCCCCUUUCUGCCGACUUUGAAGAUAAAUUAUUGCUGCCUAUUUCUCCAUGGAUGGUGGUCGAAGGUUUGAAGACGAAUGGAGUAAACCCAAUUAUGAUUGUGGGUUUCAGUGUGUACUACGCACUACUUGGACAUUGAACAAUUCUACUAGAAUGUUCUAUGGCUGCCCAAGAUACAAGAGGAAUGAGGUCGAUGGGUGUGGAUUUAUCAGAUGGGUGGACCCUCCAUCAUUCCCUGUACAUGGUGAAAGGUUUAAGGAGGAAAUAGGAGGGUUUUUGAAAAGGUUAGAGGAGAUGGAAGAUAAUGUUAAGCAACUACAGAUUAUGGCUGAAAAAAGAGAAGAAGAACUUGGUUCAAUAUUGAAGAUGUUAAGAGAUUUGAAAUCUGGUGUUUGUUUUUGUGUUGGAAUAUUUUCGUGUGUUUUGUACAUCUUAGUUAUGUUGUUUAUUUCUUAAUUGGGAGUAUUAAGCAGUCAUUGUUGAAAAAUCUAAUGUAACUUUUAGACUUACUGAAUCAAUAGUUGUUUAUUAAGUAAGCAAUAGUUGUUUAUUUCUUAUUGUUUUAUUGUAAAGUAAAACAAAUGGAACAUCUUGUUGAA